AUGUCCGCAAAACAUUCCAUGCAACUUUUCCGGGCGCUGCGCAUCUCCCAGCCCGCCUUCCGACAGCCCGUCAUCUGCCGUUUCUACUCAACAUCGACCGAUAAUGCGCCCCCUCCUCUGCUCUCCAAGCUCAAGGCCGAUCUCAAGACGGCCAUGCGUGCCAAGGAUGCCCCUCGUCUGAACGUCCUCCGAGCUAUCAUGUCCGCCAACCUCAACGCCUCCAAGACCUCGACUCCCAUCAAGACCGAUGUCCAGCUCGUCGCCUUGAUCCGCAAGAUCCAGAAGAGUGCCCAAGAUGCUGCCACUGAGGCCAAGGCCGCUAACCGUGAGGAUCUUGUCCAGAAGGAGGAGGGUCAGAUCAAGGUGCUAGAGGAGUACAUUGCCGGCAGCGGUGUUGAGAGUCUGACCGAGGCUCAGCUCAAGGCUUUGGUGCAGGAUGCUGUUGAAGCUUCAAAGGCUGCUGGAACCCAGGCCAAAUCCAUCCUUGGCGAUGUCAUGAAGCGACUAGCUGGAGCUCUUGAGGGUAAGGACGUUGACAGGAAGGAAUUGGCCAAGAUGGUCAAGGAGCUCACUGGUUAG